AAAAUUCAAUGCUUACGGAGAAGAAACAAUUUCUCAAGAUGUACUUUUUACUGCUGAUGCUGCUGUAUCUGCUAGGUGGUGGGCAGUGCCAGGUGGACCCGGCUGUGUGCCGCUAUCCACUUGGGAUGUCAGGCGGGCAGAUUCAUGAUGAAGAUAUCACAGCAUCCAGUCAAUGGGCAGAAUCCACUGCUGCGAAAUAUGGAAGACUCGAUUAUGAAGAGGGAGAUGGAGCGUGGUGUCCUGAAAUUCCAGUAGAACCAGAAAACCUGAAGGAAUUUCUGCAAAUUGACCUGCGGGUGCUUCACUUCAUUACUCUGGUUGGCACUCAAGGACGUCAUGCCGGAGGUCAUGGCAAUGAGUUUGCUCAGAUGUACAAGAUCAACUACAGUCGCGAUGGGAGUCGCUGGAUUUCCUGGAAGAAUCUGCAAGGAAAGCAGGUAAUAAAUGGGAACAAAAAUGCCUAUGACAUUGUCUUAAAGGAUCUGAGCCCCCCCAUUAUUGCACGGUAUGUCCGUUUCAUCCCAGUCACUGAUCACAGGAUGAACGUGUGCAUGAGGGUCGAACUCUAUGGCUGUGAAUGGCUAGAUGGGCUGGUGUCUUACAGUGCCCCUCCAGGACAGCAAAUUGUCAUGUCAGGAGGCCAUAUCAUCUACCUGAAUGACAGUAUAUAUGACGGCGCGUUUGGCUCUACAAUGACAGAAGGACUCGGACAGCUGACAGAUGGUGUGUGUGGCCUGGACAACUUCAUUCAAAGCCACGUCUACAACAUAAACGACUACGUGGGCUGGUCAAAUGACACCUUUUCGAAUGGAUACGUGGAAAUUGAGUUCGAGUUUGACAGGAUUCGCAAUUUCACGACAAUGAAGGUUCAUUGCAACAACAUGUUCACCAAAGGCGUGAAGAUCUUCAAAGAGGUUCAGUGCUAUUUCUACUCGGAGUCUAGCGCCUGGGAGCCCAAUCCCAUCUCCUCCAGCCUGGUACAUGAUGAUGUCAACCCCAGUGCCCGCUUUGUCACCGUCCAGCUAAUGAACCGUAUGGCCAGCUCCAUUAAGUGCCAGUUUUAUUUUGCGGAUGCCUGGAUGAUGUUUAGUGAGAUCACUUUUCAGUCAGACACGGCCAUGUACAACACUACUUGGGCUCCAUCAAAUACUCUUCCACCAACCAGCAUUCAGCCAGGAGACGAUCCCACUCAUAAAGUAGAUGACAGCAACACUCGCAUAUUAAUUGGCUGCUUAGUUGCCAUCAUCUUUAUACUUCUUGCAAUUAUAGUCAUCAUCCUGUGGCGUCAGUUCUGGCAAAAGAUGCUGGAAAAGGCUUCACGUCGAAUGCUGGAUGAUGAACUGACUGCUAGUCUGUCAAUACAGAGCGAGACCUUCACAUAUAACACCAACAAUCGGUCACCAUCCUCCAGCGAACAAGAGUCCAACUCAACCUACGAUAGAAUAUUUCCUCUCGGGCCGGACUACCAGGAGCCCUCACGACUCAUCAGAAAGCUACCAGAGGUCUCCAAAGCAGCAGAAGAAGCUGCUGCUGAUGUCGCAGCCAAAUCAUCUCAGAUUGGCCAAGAAGGUGUCCCGCAUUACGCAGAAGCGGAAAUCAUCAAGAUUCAAGGUGUCACCGGCAGCAACACUUAUGCUGUCCCUGCUCUCACCAUGGAUCUGCUUUCUGGGAAGGAUGUGGCAGUAGAGGAGUUUCCCAGAAAUCUGCUGACCUUCAAGGAGAAGCUUGGAGAGGGUCAGUUUGGAGAGGUACACCUGUGUGAAGCAGAGGACAUGCAGAAGUACAUGGACAAAGAAUUUGCUUUUGAUGCCACUGCUAAUCAGCCUGUUCUAGUGGCUGUUAAAAUGCUGCGGUCAGAUGCCAACAAAAAUGCCAGAAAUGAUUUCUUGAAAGAAAUCAAGAUCAUGUCUCGUUUAAAAGACCCCAACAUCAUCCGCCUGUUGGCAGUUUGCAUCUGUGAUGACCCGCUCUGCAUGAUCACAGAAUAUAUGGAGAACGGCGACCUGAACCAGUUCUUAUCCCGACAUGAACCAAUGGGAGAGGUGUCUAUGGCCAGCAAUACCCCCACCGUAUGCUACGCCAACCUGCAUUACAUGGCCACACAAAUAGCAUCUGGAAUGAAGUAUCUCUCCUCCCUCAACUUUGUUCACCGGGACCUUGCAACACGGAAUUGUCUGGUGGGUAAGAACUACACCAUUAAGAUAGCGGAUUUCGGAAUGAGUCGCAACUUAUACAGCGGAGACUACUACCGUAUCCAGGGGAGAGCUGUGCUGCCCAUUCGCUGGAUGUCGUGGGAGAGCAUCUUGUUGGGCAAGUUUACUACUGCCAGUGAUGUUUGGGCAUUUGGAGUAACCCUUUGGGAGACACUGACCUUCUGUCGGGAGCAGCCAUACUCUCAUCUCUCUGAUGAGCAAGUCAUUGAGAACACAGGGGAGUUUUUCAGGGACCAAGGACGACAGGUCUAUUUACCCCAGCCAGCCAUUUGUCCAGAUCCUGUCUACAAGCUAAUGCUUUGUUGUUGGAGACGAGACACAAAGGAACGACCAUCCUUUCAAGACAUCCAUCGCACACUCCUAAACUGCAUGGUCUAGGGGGCAUUUGCCUGAAAGCAGACUAAUUAGCGGCCUCAUGUAGAAUUUUAUUUUGUACAGUGCUUAGUGUGUGCAUAGGAGAACUGGAAGACAAGGAGUGGCAAUCAAAGGUGAUCACCAGUCCAUAUGGAGGAGUAACUUUCACAUGGAUGAUGAUGAUGAUAAUGUGUAGGCAGCCUGUGAUUACCUGCAUGAUGAAUAUGAAGGAGCAGACGCGUCGAGCAGAAAUGGGACAAAUAGAGAGUGAAGAAAAGUGCCAGUAGUCACUGGAAAGUGAAGACGCAGACCAUCUUAUAUCCGUUUCUAUUUACCAUAAGUGUACCCAGGAAGCCAUUCAUGAAACCAGCAACAUGUUGAGAAGACGAAUUGCUAAUUUGUACAGUAGAUAUAUUGGGCCUUUAUAUGAGAUUUAAUUUCUAUCUACUCUAAACAACAUACAUUGGGAUAACUGGAUUUAUACACAAAAACGCAUAAAACUUUUUCUUUAGUGAUGCACCUUACUUGACUACUGUUGACAAAACCAAGAUGGGAGGAACCAACAAAAUGCAAUUUAUCUAAGUAAUAGAAACUAGCAAAAAAAUUUCUUCCCUGGCAUUUUUUAAAACUGCCAUUUUUAUUUCAGGUACAAAACGUCAUGAAUAUUCACGUACCGUAUUCAAACAGUAUUUUAAAGUGUCUUGUUAAUAAUAGUUAUUACUAUCUCUUUGUAUAUGCAUCCAGUUAUUUUCACUCCAGUUUUAAUCUUCCCUUAGGGUUAUAGGAAAGUCAGAGCAUCAGGCAUAAAGUACGAUCUCCCUCUGGUUGAAGGAGCAAUCAACUGUAGAACUCUUAUUAGUUACUGUCCUUAAAAUAUUUUUAUUGUUUCUUUAUUGAAUCAUUACUGAUUAGUAGAGAGAGGGAGGCACUAUGGUCCCUUAGGGGCUAAUUGUAUCAAAGGUUCAGACCCCACCACUAACUUCUCUGUGUGAUUGUGGGCAAGUCAGUUAACCUGAUAGGACUCCGAAGGUAGCAAUUUGAGAAAAUGUUUUAUUAUAAAAGUGUUUUUGUGAGUCAUUUGGUGUUUACCCUGAGCAUUACAUGGGCUCAGAAUUCUAUGUAAGUAUGGUUAAGCCCGAUUCAGAUUCAAGGUGAGAUGUAAAGAUAUUCUCUACAUUGUUAAGCCCAAAUAACUCUCAGGACAGUAUUCUGCUGCCAUCUAGUGGA